AUUGGGAAGAACACAGCAACUUCGGCUGAGUUAUUUUUAAGUACAAUUUUUAAAGUUUUUUUUCAGUUCUUUUUAAGUUUUAUUAAAUAAAUAUAAGCAAUCCCUCGCCAGCACUUGUUUAGAAGAACAAGAAAAACACAGAACCAAGCAACCCAGAUAACCUCUUCAUAUAUAUUACUAUAUAUAUAAGAAAAAAAUAGCAUAGAAGAGUUUUCGUGUUAAACUUGUUCUUACUCAUUCUCUAAGAUAAUUAUAUUCUGUCCCCUUUCUCGUGGUAUUUUUAUUUAAUAGUUUAAUUUUCUUAAAUCUUAUUUUGGUGUUCUGUACAGUGUUUUUUAAUAAAUUUUUAUUAGAAAAAAAAAUUGUGUCUUUUUUGUUAUUUUGGUUACAAGAAUCAUAUUCAUCUGGGGUUUCUGAGAACUGGGAUUUGGUGGGGGUGGGGGUUGUAAAGUUUGGAUUUUUAUGUGAUUUUUUGUGAUUUGAAGUAUGAAAUCUGCACUUCUGUGAAGAAUUGUUUGGUGGGUCAGUGAAAUCUUGGAGUUAUAUUGCUGAAUUCCUUUGUGGGUCUGCUGAAAUUUGGGAAAAAUUGUAAAAUAUUUGGUGGGUUGUUUUUGGUUUUGGUCAAUUUGGGAGGUUUUAGUAGAUUUAACCUAAAAAAUCUGAUCUUGUUGGGGAGAUCCCUUUUGGGGUUUAUUAGGAUUUGAGUAAUUGGUGAUUUUCAUUUAGUGUUUAUGGCACUUUGACAUCUGUUUGAUAGAUUUUCUGGGUUGAAUUCUUGAGGAUUUGGGGUCUUGAAGUUGUGAUUUGGAACUUUGUUUUGGUUGUUUGGUUGAGAUUUUGAGGGAUAAAAUGAGUUCAUCAAAUGCUUCAUCAGGUGUAGUCCAAGUAGGCAAACUUUUGGUUCAUAUUGCUGAGAAUGGGCAAUCAUAUGAACUGAAUUGUGAUGAAUAUACUCUUGUUGAUGCUGUUCAGCAAUUUCUUGAAUCUGUUUCCGGUAUUCCGAUUGGUGAUCAGCUUCUUUUGUGCUUAGAUGUGAAACUUGAAUUGCAUUGUCCCCUUAGUACUUAUAAGCUCCCAUCGGAUGACCGGGAAGUUAUCUUGUUUAAUAAAGCUAGAAUGAGGAGCAAUGCGCCACCUCCAUUACCCGAGGAAGUUGAGAUUAUUGAUAUUCCUGACCCGCCAUUGCCAUCGUCGUCUCACGACCCUCACCCUUUGGAUGAUGCGACUGACCCUGCCUUAAAAGCCUUGCCUUCUUACGAGAGGCAAUUUAGGUUCCACUUCCAGCGCGGUCAUGCCAUUUAUAGCCGUUCCCAAAUGAGGAUCGAGACUUGUGAGAGGCUUUUAAGAGAGCAAAAAGUGCAGGAACGGGCGUUAGGGAUUGCUAGAGGAAAUCUUGAUCACUUCUAUGGGAUGAUUGUGCAAAAUUACAAUGACUUUUUAAAGUGUUACUCACAGCAAUAUCGUAGCCAUUCUAAUUUGCUAUCUAAUUUCGGAAGGGAUAUUGAGAAGUUGAGGUCUUGCAAACUUCAUCCUGCUUUGCAGACUGCUAACCGCAAGUGCUUGCUGGAUUUCGUGAAAGAAGAGAACUUGCGGAAGUUGGCAGAGGAUUGUAGUGGUUCGCAUAGGCAGUUUGAGAAUAAAGUCACCGAAUUUAAGCACGAGUUUGGAGAGCUAGAGCACAAUGCUAAGCAUUUAUUUUCUACCAAAGGUUCACAUAUUAUUAGGGAAGUGGAACUAGCUAUCAGAGACCAUCAGAAAUAUGUCAGUGAGCAGAAAAGCAUAAUGCAGGCUUUGAGCAAGGAUGUGAAUAUGGUAAAAAAGCUUGUGGAUGACUGUUUGGCCAACCAGUUAUCAUCUUCACUCCGUCCGCAUGAUGCUGUUUCAGCCUUGGGACCGAUGUAUGAAUGCCAUGAGAAAAGUUACCUUCCCAAGAUGCAGGCUUGUGAUGGUGAAAUCUCAAAUUUGGUUGACUUCUGCAAGGAUAAAAAGAAUGAAAUGAACAUUCUUGUGCAUAGUUACAUGCAAAAGGUAGCAUAUAUCCAGUACACCAUCAAAGAUAUACGAUGCAAGUUUGCUGUUUUCCAGGAAGCUUUGAGGCGUCAAGGCGAUUUAUUCGAGCACUUAAAAGUGGUCCGAGGGAUUGGUCCUGCUUACAGGGCAUGCCUUGCUGAAGUGGUACGAAGAAAAGCGGCAAUGAAACUAUACAUGGGAAUGGCUGGACAAUUAGCUGAACGGCUUGCAACCAGGAGGGAGACCGAAGUUCGUAGAAGAGAGGAGUUUCUGAGAGUUAAUAGUACAUACAUUCCUCGGGAUAUUUUGGCUUCCAUGGGACUGUACGAUACCCCUAACCACUGUGAUGUCAAUAUAACUCCUUUUGACACUAAAUUGCUUGACGUUGAUAUCUCAGACAUUGAUCGAUAUGCUCCUGAGUAUCUGUUGGGACUCUCUUCCAGGAGUGAAAAACACGGGACAUUAAAGAGUCCGCUUUCCAUGUCUAACGACGGUUCUCAAUUAGCUGAAACUGAGUUAAGUGACUUUGCUGAGAAAAUUGAUUGUGAGGGAUUACUUCAGGGUUUAGAGGUUCUGGAUAUUGCUGGAACUAGCAAAAUGGAAGUGGAGAAUGCAAAAUUGAGGGCCGAACUUGCUUCUAAGAUAGCCUUUAUGUGUUCUACCUGUCCUGAUUUUGAUUAUGAAUCGCUUGAUGACAGUAAAAUUGAUAGUGCACUGAAAGAAGCAAGAGAGAAAACCUCUGAGGCUCUACAUCUGAAAGAAGAGUACGAAAAACACCUUCAUUCUAUGCUUAAGACGAAGCAAAUUCAGUGUGAAUCUUAUGAAAAACGGAUUCAGGAGUUGGAACAGAGGUUGUCUGAUCAUUACUCACAAGGGCACACACAUUCUGCUGAUGAGGGUGUUUCUAACUUAACUGUUUCAGCUGUGAAGAAUGAUGACAGCAAAUCUGACAUGCCUCAUAUGCCCGCUGAAGUCAUGGAUGAGGUUUCUUGUGCUUCUAGUUCAUCAAAUAUCAAACCUGGCUCUAAACAAAUUAAGGAACAAGAAGGCUUAGAUGACAAUAUGACUGAUUCUUCUGGUAUGAUAAGCCCUCAGUUGGAUUCAUCUAUGCUAGAUCCACAUCGUGAAGAAGAGCAUGAGAACCUUCCCGUGAAAGACAAGAAAGAUACUGGAUUAGCGGCUGGUGGAGAUAUCACACUUGCGACAAGUUCCAUGGCUGUGAGUAUAUCCCACCCUCAGAAUGACAUACCUUCUGAAGUAACUGGUGAACAAGAUUUGGAUGCUAAAGAAAGAUCGGAUCUUCUCCUGGAGUUGCAAGGUGUCGUAGCUGAAAAAUCAAAGCUACUGGAUGAAAGUGAAGCCAAGGUGAAAUCCUUAACAGAGGAGGUAGCCAAGCUGGUGAGAGAGCUGGAGAUCAGAGGGAAGCUUCUUGAUGAAUCUCAGAUGAAUUGUGCUCAUCUAGAGAAUUGUCUUCAUGAAGCGAGAGAAGAAGCUCAAACCCAUCUAUGUGCAGCUGAUAGAAGGGCUUCUGAGUAUAGUGCUUUGCGUGCUUCUGCUGUUAAAAUGCGCAGCCUCUUUGAAAGAUUGAGAGCGUGUGUGUUGUCCGGUGGUGUAGCUGGUUUGCCUGAGUCCUUGCGUGCAUUAUCUCAAUCUUUAGCCAAUUCAAUCAAUGAAAAAGAAGAAGAUGGCUCAGCUGAAUUUCGUGAAUGCAUUCGGGCACUUGCUGAUAAAGUUGGUGCGUUAUCAAGGCACCGAGCGGACCUGGCUGACAAAUGUACCAAAUUUGAUGCUGCAAAUAAACAGCUAGCGAAGGAGUUGGACGAAAAGAAAGAAUUGGUUAACACCCUCUAUAAAAAGCAUCAACACGAGAAGCAGGCAAACAAAGAGAAGAUAUCGUUUGGGCGUUUAGAAGUCCAUGAGAUUGCAGCAUUUGUCCUCAACUCUACUGGAAAUUAUGAGGCUAUCAAUCGAAACAGUCCUCGUUACUACCUCUCUGCGGAAUCUGUGGCUUUGUUUACUGACCAUCUUCCAAAUCGUCCAAGUUACAUCGUAGGGCUGGUUGUGCAUAUUGAGCGACAGACUGUGAGGCUGCCACCCUCAACAUCAGUUCGCGCUGACCAUGAUAGAGACCGUUUAGAUAUACUGACUUCUGACACAGGAACGACCAAUCGUUUGUCCUUGAAUUCAGGAUCAACUACGAACCCGUAUGGUCUCCCUGUCGGCUGUGAAUACUUCGUAGUGACAGUAGCCAUGUUACCUGAUACCGCCAUUCAUUCAUCACCUACUUCCUGAUCUCAUGAAUGGAAAUGAAAGAAAUGAGGGAAGAAAAACAAAAUUGUACAGAAUGAUUUAUAUAGUAACUAGUACUCUUUUUUAGAGGGAUUCUUUGCUUGAUUUCCUAAUGUACAGCUGAUGAUGAAAAUCAAUCAGAACUCUUUCUGUGUAUAUAGCUUUUUCUUACAAACAUGUAAAAUUCUGUGAAUAUUCAUCUUUCUUUUGUUAGCGCCUUUAUCGAAACAUUUGAAUAUUCAUCUUU